AUGCAUUUACUUGCCAAUCCCCCUCCUAAUUUUUCUAUCCGCGUUGCAUACGGUUCUAUAUUCAGCUCUAUAUACAAAGCAAAAGUGACUAAACAUACUACUGGCGAAUUAUUGUUAAAGGCUUUUCAAGCUUUUCUAGGAAAUGAAUGCCUCAAAUUUAAUCUUACGUACAAAGGCAAAGACAUGCAGAGUGCAGACACUCUUGAAAAGUUGGGAAUCGAGGAAGGAGACCUGGUCGAAACAAGACUCACACAGUCGACACCACAGGUAUCGGCGCCAACUAUGGCAAGAUCUUCAACAGUUCAAACCUUUGAAAUCGUUGUAAAAACACGUACCGGUUUAAUCAUAUAUCUGCAAGUAUCCGAGAGUGACACUAUCUACCGCCUUAAAAAAAAGAUCCAGAAUAAAGAAUGCAUUCCUUCUCGUCAACAAAGGUUGACUUUUGCUGGAAAGCAAUUGGAAGAUAGUCGCACCAUAGCAGAUUACAAUAUCAAAAGAGGUUCUACUUUACAUCUAGUACUCAGAACAUCAACACCAACUACACCAACUAUAGCAGUUUCUGGAAUCUGUGUAAAAACACUUAUUGGUAGAACCAUAAAUCUGGAAGGAACCAACAGUAGUGACACUAUUUACGUAGUUAAACAAAUGAUCCAGGAUAAAGAAGGCAUUCCUUCUGAUAAACAAAUGUUGAUGUUUAAAGGGAAGGAAUUGCAAGAUGAUCGCAGCUUAGCAGAUUACCAUAUCAAAAGAGGUUCUACGUUACUACUCAGAAUAACGACACCAACUAUGGGAGAUUCUGGAAUCUGUGUAAAACCACUUAUUGGUGGAACCAUAAAUCUGGAAGGAACCAACAGUAGUGACACUAUUUACGUAGUUAAACUAAUGAUCGAGGAUAAAGAAGGCAUUCCUUCUAAUAAACAAAGGUUGAUGUUUGAAGGGAAGGAAUUGCAAGAUGAUCGCAGCUUAGCAGAUUACCAUAUCAAAAGAGGUUCUACGUUACAUCUCAGAAUAGCGAUACCAACUAUGGUAGAUUCUGGAAUCUGUGUAAAAACGCUUACUGGUAAAACCGUAAAUCUGAAAGGAACCAACAGUAGUGACACUAUUUACAUGGUUAAACAAAUGAUCGAGGAUAAAGAAGGCAUUCCCCUUGAUCAACAAAGGUUGAUUUUUGAAGGGAAGCAAUUGGAAGAUGAUCGCAUGUUAGUAGAUUACAAUAUCCAAGGAGGUUCUGUGUUACAUCUAGUACUCAGACUACGUGGUGGGAUGUUUCAAGAAACAAGUGGUCGCGUAGAUUUUGAUGCAUUACCACCACUCACUCAAUACGUGCAAACGCCUGAAAAAAGUCUACAAGACGGAGUCCAUGCUGGUAUUGCUUGUGAUUACUGUGGUAAAAGAGAGUGGAAAGGAGCAAGAUAUAAAUGUUCGGCAUGCCCUGAUUAUGACUUAUGUUGCGAUUGUAUCACAAUGUCCAGCUUGCUUCAUAAUGUCCUACAUCGUUUUCUGGAAAUUUUGAAUCCUUUAGAUCCAAAGGAUAUUUCGAAAAAUAUCUCUGCUGCCUCUGUUACCAUCUCUCCUAUACUUCCAACCACAAAAGAGGAGAUGUUAACCUUGCUACAUAAGGAAGAACAGCAAAGAUUGUCACCUGAAAUACAAAAACAAUAUUAUAAUGUCGGGAAUGAUCCCACACUUGGCAUGGACUGGAUGGAUGUUACUGAUCAGAUGCAAUACAAGUUAGUCCGAGAAUCUGGUUACUCGGAUGAGGCUGUACAAUUAUUACGGCGCGCUCCGCAGCUUUAUCAAGACGAUCCUGCGUUUCAUAACACUCAAUUAUAUGUUCGUAACAACAUUGCUCGUAUUGGAGAUCUUACCGAAGGAAUGCUGGCACCCGAUUGUCCACUGGUUCCUCUAGAGUCUUCAGCAUCUACAACAAAAACUAGCAACACUAGUUCACCAACCACAAUUUUCUUACACUCGCUUUGUCGACCAGGGCGACCUCUCGUUCUUCUUGGCGGAUCAUAUACUUGUCCUUUAUUUCGAUACAUAUCUCAUGUACUCAAUGACAUAUAUAAGCGAUAUCAAACGCACAUAGAUUUCCGCAUGAUUCAAAUUCGAGAAGCGCAUGCUAGCGACGUUUGGCCUAUUGGCAAUAUCGUAGAUGUUAAGGAACACCGCACGUUAGCCGACCGUCUAGCUGCUGCGCGUGAGAUGGUCAGAGCAACUCAUCUAGAAAUCCCUGUGCUGGCAGACACUAUGGAUGACACUUUUUUAAAAUUGUACGCACCAUGGCCUUUUCGUUUUUUUGUCAUUGUAGAUGGUAUUUUGAAACUCGUUGGGAUGCCAAAAGAGGCACGUUACGAUACAACAGACUUGGUCGAGUGCUUAGAUGCUCUUUUGAUGACCACAAAACAGGAUCACUGA